CCAGCUCAUCGAACACCAUGUAUGAACAAGAGGCCAUGGUCCUGCCAGGAGGUGAAAUGAUGAGAGGCAAUUCAUUUGAAGCCUGGAGCGAUAAACCAAGUCCCCGUGGUUCAGGGACUCUCGCUUCCUUACUAUCAGCCUUCGUGCCCACUUGGGGAACUGCGACCAUAUUCAUCGGCAUAUUCAUUGUCAUAAGAAGCCGAUUCCCUAAAAUUUAUUCACCCAGAACAUUCAUUGGAACAAUCCCGGAGAAGGAUCGCACGCCGUCUGCCAGUCGUUCAUAUUUCGACUGGGUUCACACUUUGCGUGCCGUGCCAGACAAGUUUAUCCUGUAUCAUGUGUCGCUAGAUGCAUAUCUCUACAUCCGCUUUCUGCGUACUCUGAUAUUCCUUUGCGUUGUUGGUUGCGCUAUUACAUGGCCGAUCCUUAUGCCUAUCAAUGCAACGGGUGGCGGCACAUCGUCACAACUGGAUCGUAUCUCUUUCGGAAACGUAAAGAAAAAGAAUCACCUUUAUGCUCAUGCAGUUGUUGCUUGGGUUUAUUUCGGAUUCAUCAUGUUCACGGUCGCUCGUGAACGACUGUGGUUAAUAGGCCUUCGACAAGCCUGGAAUCUAUCCAAGCCAAAUGCAAAGAGAUUAUCCUCUCGCGUGGUUUUGUUUCUCUCAGCACCUACGGCUGCUCUCGACCAAGAGAACAUGACGCGAUACUUCGGCCCUGAUGCGACGCGGGUAUGGCCUGUCACAAAGGCUGAUAAACUCAAAUCACUCGUUUCAAAGAGGGACUCACUGGUCGAAGAGCUGGAAGCUGCCGAGCUAAAACUCACCAAAAACGUCGGUAAAAAGCUGCGGAGCAACAACAGCAAGGCCAAUGGCGACGUAAAGACAUUUGACGACCUACCAAACGAAACGAAGGACUCGGUGCGCCCCACGCACCGGCCCAAAACCUCGGAGAUUGGAAAGAGAGUUGAUAGCAUACACUGGUAUCGCGAGCAAAUCAAGAAUAAAGAGACAGAAAUCAACAAGGCUCGAGAUUCGAACGAGGACGCCGACAGCCACAAUGGUGCUGCUGCAGUGUUCGUCGAGUUCAAAACACAGGCUGCUGCUCAACGCGCUUACCAACAGAUUGCUUCGGCGGAAAUUCUUGCGCUGAACCCACGGCAUACGGGAAUAAUGCCGGGCGAGGUGAUUUGGGAUAAUCUCACUUUACCCCCAGCGAGAAGAAUAUCACAGAGCACAGCUGCAAAUGCUUUGGUCAUUGCCAUCAUUAUAUUCUGGUCCAUUCCUAUAUCGUUCGUGGGCGCAUUCUCAAACGUCUCGUAUCUUGCAGCAAAUUAUAGCUGGCUUGCUUGGCUUAACAGGCUGCCUGAGGUCGUCAUUAGUCUGUUAUCUGGACUCGUACCGCCCCUGCUUCUGUCUCUGCUGGCCACCUGGGUACCCAAUAUCUUCAGAGCGAUCUUCAAGGCUUUUGGUGAACCAACAAACACGUCUACCGAAUUGAAAGUCCAAAAGUGGUACUACGUUUUCCAGGUUCUACAAAUCUUCCUCGUAAACACAGUAGCGUCCGGUGCUGCUGCGGUUAUAUCCCAGAUUGCCAACAACCCCUCGUCUGUGCCAAUGUUAUUAGCAGAUAAACUUCCGAGUGCUGCCAACUCGUACCUCACGUACUUCAUUGUGCAAGGCUUGACAAGCUCAUCCAACAACAUCCUGAAUUACUCGGACCUAUUUUCCUAUCUCUUCUACGAUCGCUUCUUUGACAAAACACCGAGGCAGAAGUAUAACAGCUACACGAAGCUGAAAGGUAUGGCUUGGGGCAAGCUCUUCCCCAAAUACGGGAAUUUCUUGAUUAUCGCAAUUGCGUACUCGUGCAUUGCGCCGCUGGUCCUCGGUUUCGCGGCGGUCGGCCUCAUGUUCUUCUACGUCAGCUAUCGUUACAUGCUGUUGUUCACAGUACAACCCAAAAUCGACACAAAAGGGCACUGCUACACGCUCGCACUUCAACAAAUCCUCACAGGUGUUUACAUUGCGGAACUUUGUCUGAUCGGCCUAUUCGGUUUACGUCAGGCCACAGGACCAUCCAUCAUGACGGGUGUUCUCUUCCUUGCCACCGUAGCCUUCAACGCCACAACCAACAAGUAUUUUGCGCCGCUAGAGCAAUACCUCCCCGCAGACCUGGCACAAGAAUCGGGCGAUACCAACAACGAGGAAGGCGCACCGCUACUCUCGUCGGCGGAGGAAGGCGAAGCUCUGGAGCACACGCAGUCCCACCUCCGCCGGCUGCCCAUCCCGCCGCAGUACCUCUCGCCGCUAGCUCGGUUUUUCAACCCGCAAGUGUAUGCUUCACACCGCGCGCUCAAGACGUGGCUUCAUAGCGACUCUGAGUUCGACGAGGACGACGUGCAGGUGUACAGCGAGGAUAUGAAACGGAAGGCGUACUCGAAUCCCGUGUAUACCAGCCGUACGCCGGUCGUCUGGCUGCCCCAGGAUGAGGCGGGAGUAUGCAAGGCGGAGGCGAGGGAGAAUGACAAGGAAGGGCUCGAGACGAGCUUCGAUGGUGCUUGGUUGGAAGGGAAGAAGCUGAAGUGGAGCGUGGAUGAUUUUGGCGAAGUGCCCAUUUUCAAGGAGGGUGUGAAAUGGUAG